AAGACAUCAUGCAAAGAGAGGGGAAGAAGUAAAGAGAAACGGUGAUAAAGAGAUGUGGUUGCUGUUCGGAUUCAGGUAUAUAUAUAUAUCUUAGCUAGAGAUAAGAACGAGUAGGUGUGUGGGGCACAUAAAAUUUUCCAGUUUUUCACUCAAGGGCUCAAGGGAAAGUCUGGCGACGCUUGCUGCUCAGGUAGAAAAACAGACAGACAGUCAAGAAAAUGCCUCGCUCGUGUUCGGAAGUCUUUCUGGGAUUGCUUUCACUGCUGCUGCUGGGAUCGGGAUCUGUCCAGGCUCAGUCCCAAACCCGCCAUCUCAGCAGCCUGCAGGAGCUGGAGCUCAGCUCGUUGCGCACACACAAGCAGCUGCUGCAGGCGGAGAUCUCGCGUCUUUAUCUGGAACAGCCAGCCAGACCGGAGACCCAGCUCCUGCUGGAUGAUCUGCAGCUAAGGGAUCACCAGCUGGCGGGGCAAAUCGAAAGCCUGGAGGGUGUUGCCAAGGGAGAGGCCACCACCCAAAGGCUGGCCAUCAAUCUGAGCGCUGAUUUUGAGCAUCUGCAGCAUAAGUUGGACGAUUUGAAGCGUCAACUGGAGCUGCUGGAUGGUCGCUUUGCCACCCAGGGCAAGCAAUUGGAACAGCACACCUCCUCGGAGAUCACUCCUCCAGCUGCUGCUCCUGGCCUGGGCUCUUUUCUAUGGGGACCCCUGCUAACCAUGCCGGAAUUUCCCCAGGGCAGUGUGGCCAGUGAUCACAGCAGCCAUCAGCAGGAUCAUCACCUCCACGAUCAGCAGAACCACCAGGGAUCUAGUCCCUCCAUCAUAAAGCGAGUGCUGGAUAUGCUGAGACCCUCGGUUGGUGUGGCCAAUCUCCGCAGCCGCUGGACAGAGACGGAAAAAUCAGCGGGUACGGCAUCGGUUUCGAGAAAAUCAUCACAUCCCCUGAGCGCCGAGGAGCUACUACCACAGUUGCAGGAGCAGCGCAGAUUCCUGGACGAUGCCAUCACACGCCUGGAGCUCCUGGCAGUCAAAAGGGCUCAAAGAAAACCUGAUAGAAGUGGAAAUUUAAGUUUGAUUUGGAUUUUAAUCUAACCUGAAGAGGAAUUAAUAUUAAACCAUGUUUAUGGAUCAGAGAUAAGUUACGGCCAUAAAUAUAAUAUCUUUGCAUCAUAAAUUUAACGGAGAUAUGUAACUGAUAAUGUAGUAUAAAACCCGAUUGAGUAUCUAUCAUGUUUGGUAAUAAAUACAUAAAAUGCUUACUCUAAUUAAUAAAUCCCAUUCAAGGAGUAUGCCCCAUAUUAAAACUCCUUUGGAUAACUAAGUAUCUUUGAAUUCGACCUCAAAUCGGAAAUAAUUUCUUUAAAUUCCUCCGAAUAGAAUUAAAAUAUUUACAAAUAAUAGACCGAAGCCUGUAUUUGCAUUGUUAUUAAGUUUUGUUCAAGGGAAGGGAAGCAGCUGCCUAAUUGCCAACGUUGUCUGGUUACCAGUGGCCAC